ACACUGGUACCACCGACCUGCUUCCCGCCAAGGCAUCCUACCGCUUUCGCGAGUUACAGCGAGAGCGCGCGCCCGGGAGGCUGGGAGGACCCCCCUGGACAAGGGAUAACGGAUCUUGUUGCUUCCUUAGCCCUGGCGAUGCCCCCGGCGACGAAUUCCCGCAACAAUGCUUAUCAAACUCGUCUUAGUUGUGACGGCCUAGAAUCUGUGGAGCCGCCGUGGCCGCCCGAAGGAGCUCGCGGGCCAUCACGUGAGGAAUCCCGUGUACUACCGCGCCGCGCUUCAUUCUGUGGCGUGGUAGCGGGCAGCAGGAACGGCGGCGACGCGUUAAGCUGGAGCGGCGCCCUGCCGGCGCGCUGUCUCGACCCCAGCGGCGGCUUCUCCGCCAAGCUGUUUCUGGGCGGUCUGCCCUGGGACAUAACGGAGCAAGCGCUCAUGCACGCGCUCCGGCAUUUCCAGCCCGUGCGCGUGGAGUGGCCAGGGCGCGGGUCGGGCGGCGGCGCGGCGCCGCGCGGGUACGCGUACGUGACGCUGGAGAGCGAGCGCCGCGUGCGCGCGCUGCUGGCGGCCGCGCGGCGCGACGGGCCCGACUGGUACUACCGCGUCGCCUCGCGCAACAUGCGCACCAAGGAGGUGCAAGUGAUCCCCUGGGCGGUUUCGGAUUCCAACUGGGUGGGCGCGGGUGGAGCGGGCGGCGGUUCCGUGCGGCUGGAGCCCGCCCGCACGGUAUUCGUGGGCGCUCUGCACGGCAUGCUGUCUGCCUCGGCACUCGCUACCAUUAUGAACGAUCUGUUUUCUGGAGUAGUGUAUGCGGGUAUUGACACUGACAAAAAUAAGUACCCGAUUGGAUCGGGGCGAGUAACGUUCAAUAACGUGAGAUCGUACGUGCGCGCGAUUUCUGCUGCCUACGUAGAGAUACGAACUGAUAAAUUCACGAAAAAGGUUCAAGUCGAUCCUUACUUGGAAGAUUCGAUGUGUUCAGUGUGUAAUCUACAGCAAGGACCAUAUUUCUGCCGCGAACCAGUUUGUUUUAGAUACUUUUGCCGCUCGUGUUGGGCUUGGCAACAUUCGACUGAAAACCACAAGCCGCUCAUGCGCAACUCUAAAAGCGCUCAGAUGCCGCUGCAGCCGGGCGCCGUGGGCAACGGGAACAACGCGCCUCGACAAUCCUCGCCCAGUGAGGGGAGCAUCUACAACGGCUUCAACUUGGCCAGCGAUGCGACCCCCUCCCCGCCGGCGUGCGGCUCGGAUGCGGCGGCGGAGGAGGGCGCCGCGGAGUGGGCGCGCGUGUAGCGACCAACAACCAUGGAGCACCAGCACCAGCAACAGCAACAAUAGUAACACCGGCAAUUGUCGAGCCGCUAUUAAGUUGGGCGCUUCGUCAGCCAGCUUGAUUUGAUAAAUUAUCGAUUUCUUAUGUUUAUUUUAAGUUUUGUUGAUUAUUUUGAUUGUUUUUGUUAAUAUCGUUAGAUCAGUGCGAACACGAUGAGAUUUUGCUUGACUAUUUCUAUUAUUGAUCAAUUAGUCAUUUCCGGUUAUUGCUCUUGUAUAACAUUCGCAAAAUUACACCGUCACCACGGACUAGGCCACGAGACUAGCGAGUUGUGUCCGUGGGAAAUUUUAAAGGUUUUAAGGUGCCUGUUGUAUUAGGCGAUAUUCGCUAUUACUUUUAAAGAACAUUUUAAAACGCUUUUAAUCGGGUGAUUUUUAUAGAAUUUUAGAUAAAACAAAUGCUGAUUUUAUCUUGAACUAGCUUAAUUGAUUUUAGAUUGUACAGUACGAUAUAUACUGUUACGAAUAAAUUAUAUUCAUUAUA